AUGGAGAAACUUAAUGAACCACUCUUAGGAGGAUCAGAUCCAAAAAGACAACAUCCAUUAUUAAAUUCUGCAAUUCUCGGAGCUGCAAUGUUUUUCAUUUUAUUAUUAAAUUAUUAUAACCAAUAUUAUAUAUCAAAUAUUCAAGCAUUUUUUAUAAAUUCUCUUUCUUUUGUUGCUAUAUUAAUAUCAUCUUUAUUAAUUACAAAACUCCGUGAAAAAAUUUCAAUUUUAAUUUCAACUUUAAUCCUUUUCUUUAUAUUUAUAAUUAAUGUUAAUUUACCCUCCAUUUCAGUUAUUUCAUAUAUAAUUCAACCAUUUGCAAAUAAUUUAUUAUGGAUUGCAGCAGGUACUUAUAUUAUGACAAUUUCAGAUAAAUGCAACAUUGGUCAAAACUUUGGUUUGUUUUUCUUUGUAACAUCAUUUUUAAAUGGAUUAUUUUCAGUAUCAACAACAAAUUUUUAUAAUAUUUCUCAAUUCAUUUAUAUUGUAUUUAUGGCGAUAGCAGUGGUUUUAAUUUUAUUAUUAAAGAAUCCAUGUUGUGAACAAAAUGAAAAUAUUACAGUUGCUGGAUCUGAUCCUCAUUCAUUUUUAAAUGCAAUUGCAUAUCCAAUGAGUCUUUGGUCCGAUAAGAAAUUUUUAUAUUUAGUCCCUGCCAUUGCCCUUUUAGGAAUUGUCUCUUUAUUAUUUCCAAUUGGUUUGUUGGCCACAACAUUAAAUCCCUUUGCAUACACUCAGAAUGUAAGUGGAGCAUUUUAUUUCUUGGGUGCUGUAGCCUCACUUUUUUUUGGUUUCCUAUUCGACAGAUUUGAAAAGAAAUAUUUAUUAUAUGCAAUUGCUACCUUUGGUGCAAUUGGCGCAGCUUUGAAUAUCGGUUUUUCAAAUACAACAUGUUGUACACAAGGUCAAGUAAAUUUGGCUUAUGCUUCCCUUAUAUUUAACACAAUCGCUCAAUAUGGUCUUAAAGUUUUGGUUUUUUCACUUUUAGGUUCGAUUUAUCUUGAUUGUAGAUCAUUAUCUGCAAAUGUUUGCUACCAAUUAUUAUCAACUUCUGCCUUUUUAAUUGUUUAUUUAAUUUUCUAUUAUGUAUCUUUUACUGCAUGUUUCUACAUUUACUUUUUAAUUUUAAUCCUAGCAUGUAUUGGAAUUUUCAAAUUUUUAUCUUCAAAUGAUGAUCAAGAACAACUAAUUGUUUAG